ACCGACACUUAAACGCAUCAAGCUAGCCUGACAGCUAGCUAGCUAGCCGCUCAAAAGACACUCAAGCAGCCGUGUAGUGUUUCUCUGACAGCCGCCAUGGACUUAAAUAAUGUGUUGUCGCAGCUCGAAAGUGCUAACGACGUGGACAUUGAGGAGCUUCUCCGGGAGUUUAAUCGAGAGAACAGCCACACCUUCACUUUUGACCAGAAGGAGGAAACACUGCGCAGUAAGCUGUGCCAGAGUGUGCUGAUAGUACUGGGGAUGCAAGUGCCGCUCAGCUGUCAGAAGACAUGUCUGGAGACCCUCCGCAUCCUCUCCCGUGACAAGUGCGUCCUUGCACCUGUCGCCACCCGUGACGGCAUGCUGACUCUGGCCAGGAUGGCCCAAUUGAGCGCCGGGGAGACGGCGGGCGACGGCCAGGCGGGCGACGGCCAGGCGGGCGACGGCCAGGCGGGCGACGGCCAGGACCCCCCGCAGCCGAGCGCGCCGGUGGCCGAGGAGGAGAGGGUGGUGGUGGUGGAGGCCCUGAAGUGCCUGUGCAACGUGGUGUACAACAGCGCGGCGGCUCAGCAAGUGAGCGUGGAUGUGAAGCUGGCCCACGGCCUGUGCGCCAGCCUGCGCACGGCCGCCGCGUGGCACCACGAGGUGGGCCUGUUCACACUUCGCCUCCUCUUCCUGCUGUCGGCACUGCGCUCGGAUCUGCGGGUGGAGCUGAGGAGGGAGAGGCAGGUGGUGAAGCUCCUGGCCGAGGUGUUGGAGCACACCCUGGACGUGAGGUGGGACGGCACCUACGAGGCGGCCCGGCCGGACCCGCAGUCCCUGCCCCUGCCCGCUGAGGACAACGACAGAGCGAUGGAAGCUCUCAAAGCACUGUUCAACCUCACUGUGUGCAAUGCCGACGGCAAGGAAGAUGACCACCAGUACAGAAUCAUUGCUGCCAUCUUGCGCCAUGUGCUGAUGUUAAGAACUGAGACAGAGGAGAAAACAGAGGAAGCACACAGCCACGCCGUCAACCUGCUCAACAACCUGCCCGUGUCCUGCCUGGACGCGUUAAUCGACCUGCCCGUACGGGGAGGCCUGGAGGAAUAUGGUGGCAAAAACAUGGACGCCAUACAGGUCUUACUGGACUUUAUGGAGAAACGGAUAGACAAGGGCUCCAACUACAAGGAGGGUCUUACUCCUGUGCUCAGCCUGCUGACUGAAGGGUCCAGACACCACAGAGAGAUCCGCAGAUAUAUCAAAGCUCAGGUGCUUCCCCCACUCACGGAUGUGAAGAUCAGGCCGGAGGUCGGAACCACCACCAGGAACAAACUGGUGCGCCUGAUGACGCACGUGGAGAUGGCAGUCAAGCAGGCGGCCGCAGAGUUUCUCUUUGUUUUGUGUAAAGAGAGCGUGGACAACCUGUUGAAGUACACGGGCUACGGCAAUGCGGCGGGACUCCUGAUGGCACGAGGCCUGCUGGGAGGAGGGAGGGGAGAGACCGAGUACUCGCCCGACGAAGACUCUGACACCGAAGAGUACAAAACUGCCAAACCUUUCAUCAACCCCAUCACCGGUCAUGUGGAAGAACCCAUGCCCAACCCCAUGGAGGAGAUGACCGAGGAACAGAAGGAGUACGAAGCCCAGAAGCUUGUCAACAUGCUGGACAAGUUGUCAAGGCAGAGCGUGAUCCGUCCCAUGGGAGUCAAACCGGACGGGACGUUAGCGCCACUGGAGGAAACCCUGCGCGCUCCGCCCGGAGACGAUGCUGGAUCUGACUCUGAUUAGAGCAUGUCGGCAUUGGGGCGGGCAGGGGCUGAGCCCGGAGGAAAGGAAAAGAAAAAAAAAAAAAAGCUGUGUCACGCUUCCAGGGCUGGAUCUAUCAGACCACCUCAUGGUAGGUGGAUUCCUCUUUAGGGGUACGUUGUCCUACAUAUAUCCUAAAUUUAUUUAUUGUCUCACCAAUCAUAGCCAAGCACAAGAAUACACAUUGUCUAUCUGUACACUUGCAAAACGUUUUUUUUUUUUUUUUUGCCUGACAUGCAUUACUUUUUUGUUGAUACAUAUUAAAAAAAAGAAAAAUGUAUUUCUACUAAUAUACCGAGAACGUUGGCAUACAAAUGCCAGCAUGCUCGACGUCCAUUAAAUUAACCUCAUUCAGUUCGAGCGAAAGCACGCUAGAGUUUCCAAGUUCCUCGAAACCUUUCAUUGAACAAUCAUUCCACGGAGGAAGCAAUUGCAGAGGAUCCAGCCCCCGCAGUGUGUGACAGCUAAAAUGGCGCGCGGGUCUCCAUUCAGGAGGACUUUGUCCCUUCGUGACGGUGAAGAGACCUCACUGUUGCACCUUUUUUGAUUUAUUUUGUUUUUCAUUUCGAAGUCAAAUAAUAGUUGAUUGAAUGGCCAUCAUUCCUUCAUCUGUACUUUGUAGUACUUAUUCUCCAUGUUUUUAUGUUGUAUUCACACACAGGCCUAAAUUAAAACAUGAAGUCGAGCAGGACAGACCUGUUUGAGUAUUUAAAACUUGGGAAUAGUUUUUGAAACUGAAAGUGACGUGCUCGGUGUUACUGUCAAGAAAAUACCAUUUUUAUUUCAUGAUUGAAAAUACAGUGGUACCUUGACUUACACAGAGUUCCCACAGUUUAAUGCAAGUUAUUUAUUUUUAUUUUUUUUAAAAAUAAAAUUGAAGACCCAACUUUGCACUGUUCACAAUGUCUCAUGUUGGCCAAAGUGGCUUAAAGUCCAUAAAUGUUCAACUGCUCUUCGGAAUUGUGACCGAGACCACAUCACUGUCAUCGCUUUGUUGGUUUCGCUAUUGUGAUGGCGAGAAUGUUCAUUUAUUUUGAGAUUGGAAUUCAAUUCAUUGUUCAUCGCUAUUUUAAUUGAUACAUUGAUUGAUGCGUCUGAUCAAAACUCAAGUCAAGGUCCCACUGUAAUUUCUAAAUACAAAUUACGGUACAACAGGCCUACAAUUCUGUUCUUAACAUUCCUUUCAUUCAGUUGACUUUACUGGUGGUGAACCACCCCCAUACAUGUUUUCAAUUUAUAUUGAUUGUCAAACACCUCAAUUUGGUAUGUUCUUUUUCUUUUUUCUUUUCCUGAGGAGAAUGUGUUCUUUUUGCACACUUUUACAUGAU